AUGACGGUAUGGGAUGAACACAUUGACACAGGCGGCAAUCAACACAGCCAACACUUGAUGCUCUCCGCUCCCGAGUCCAGAGAUACAAUGAUGACGGAGACACCGCGCGAGUUUGCACCUUUGAUUAAAGGGCGUCGAGGGAUGGAGCUGGGCGUGGGUUCAAAGCGCAGCGAGGGCGCAGGCAAGGGUGGAGGAAAGCGUAGGGUGAGGGCUGAUGAGGGCGAGGUCGAGGUCCAGGUCCAGGUCCAGGUCCAGGUCCAGGUCUCCGUCAAAAAGGCGCUGGCGCUGGCGCUGGCGUCGGCGUGCUGCAGUGCGGGCGGGCUGUGGGUGUCUGGCUGCAGCGGCGGGUGGGAGCUGAAGGACAAAGUAAACCUGGUGGCCGGUGGGUUGUGGUGGGUGGGUGGUGUGUGUGCUGUGAGCGAGUGA